AUGGCACCCAACGCUUUCAGCUCCUACAAUGCCUCCGAACUCAAUCGUACCAUCUCAGGCCUCAAUGACACGAAGCUCACUCUGACCUUCAAGCUCAAUCUCCUCCGCUCCUCGGCUUCUUCAUCCCCGACCCACCUCGCAACCUUCGACGACUUGGUAGAUCGUCUGGUCGAUAUCGGUAGUCAAAUUUGGGGACUUGAGGAGCAGAACAACAAGAAUAAGGAGAGUGGAGCUAAUACCGGGGAUGAUAAUGAAGAGGUUCGGAAGGCAUUGAAGAGUGUUAUGGUACUGGUUGGUACACUUGAUACGUUGGGAGAGGAGGUUAUGAGGUUGAAGUUUGCAUUAGAAGGAGUUGAGAAGGCUGCAGUAAGUAGUGGCAAGAAUACGCUCAAUACGACUACCGCAGCGAGUAAUCAAGGAGGUGCUCCUGGUGGAUCUCAGAGUAUUGCGAAGGCAGCUACAGCAACACCGCUGCAGGACGAUGUAGCAACUGGUGCGUCUCCGAAUCCUGCAGCGUCUGCUACUGCAGCCCAUGAAGAGCAAAGACUUCUGAAGUUAAUGCUUCCUCCGGAAGGUGCUCAGGAGACUGUUGGAUUUGGCAAGAGCGUUCCAGCACCACCUGGACCACGCAAUCUUCCGCCCGUUGGCCGAACAUCUAGUCAAAAUGUUCCUGCAGCUGCCAGCACAAAACUCCAAAUUCCAGCAGCAAAGAAGCAAAAGCUCAACCACGCGUCCGACGAUCAAUCUGCGGCUUCUGCUUCCGAUUCUGCUAAGAUCAAGCGAGAACUAGGAGCCCCGAAGCCAGCCAAGGUACCAAAUUGGGCACCCGAAGGCUACUACUACGUCAAGUCUCACUUCCGCCGCAUGCCCAAGCGAAAGACAAAGAAGGGAGAGGCCGAAGCAGAGAGGAAGGAGGUCGAGCAGCCGGCCAGCGUCGAAAUCGUGCACUUGGACGGUGUUUGA